AUGUUUUCCAUCUCCACUGCACCGGCAAAGCAGUCGGUCGGCGAGACCAUCACCGUCUUGAGUGGCCGUCUCAGCUCCGCAACCUUGCUCGAAGAUCGUCGCGCUGCUAUACUUGGCCUGCGCAGCUUUGCCAAAGACUUCCCCGCUUCUGUUGCCUCCGGAGCUCUGCGCAGUCUCAUAGGCAGCUUGAGCAAGGAUGCCGAAGAUGUUGAUACCGUCAAGGUGGUCCUCGAGACCUUGCUAAUGCUUUUCAGCCCCAACGAAGACAGCCCAGAGGCCUCGGAGGAAAUUGCGCUUUGGCUCGCUGACGAAUUCACCAUGCGUCAGGAGAACGUUACCCUGCUACUCGACUUCCUAGACUCAAGCGAUUUUUACUCCCGACUCUACUCCUUGCAACUCCUAGCUGCUAUCCUGUCUGCCCGGACAGAGCGGACUGAGGAGUGCGUCUUCACGGCUCCAUUAGGCAUAUCUCGUCUGGUGGCUGUAUUGGACGACUCCCGCGAAGCCGUCAGGAACGAAGCUAUCACCCUUCUCACCUAUUUGACCCCUUCAUCGACUGACAUCCAAAAACUUGUCGCCUUCGAGAACGCAUUUGACCGCGUAUUCAACAUUAUCAUAUCCGAAGGCUCCUUGUCCGAAGGUGACCGUGUUGUGGAGGACUGUCUGAUUCUCGUUGCCAACCUGCUCAGGAGAAACCCAUCCAACCAGUCUCUGUUCCGCGAGUCUGGUGGAAUUCGCCGGUUAGCCGUUUUGCUGGAGGGUGCGGGAAAGGCCCAGCGGGAGGAGGCCGAGAUUGCCGCAUGGGCACAAACCCAACGCAAUCGGAAUAUAUAUGCCCUUUUAGCUGUGGUGCGCCUAUUCCUAGUCCCUGGGGCUGUGGGAACAGCGCAGAAUCAGCUUGCUUUCUGGCAGCACGGCCUGCUUUAUCAUGCUCUCCAACUGGCGUUUAGCCGCGUAGCCCAGCUUCCAAUCAAAGCAGAGGCUCUCGAAACCUGCGCCGAUAUCAUCAAAGGCAACGCCAGUCUACAAGAAGGCUUCGCUCAGCUCCAAGUUCCUUCACCUCUCGAUACACAUACCCCAGUCGAAGUUAGCCAACCAAACAGCGCCUUCCAGGUUUACGUGAUAGACGGUCUUCUGGAUUUGGCACUCGGUGUCGAAGAUACCGAGGCAUUCGACUUGCGCUUGGCGGCGUCCGACUGCCUCAAGGCUUACUUCUACAGUCAUGCAGACAUCCGUCUGCAUUUUCUCAGAAGGGCUAUAGAAGGUCACAAAACAGGCGCGGAUGAGACAGCCAACGUACUCACAGUACUUUUGCGGCCGUCUCCAAACGCCGAUAUCACUAACCCCUACCGCAGCUGGUUUGCUGCAACCAUUAUGUUCCACCUUGUCUUUGACAACCCGGAAGCUAAGAGCCUAGCUAUGGCCGUUACAGAGGGCGACGCAGAAAGUGGCGAGGAAGUCGUCACAAGCAUUCAAAUCGUCGCCGCACACCUGAUAUCUGGUCUGAAUCGAGAGGGAGACAGUCGCGUGGUGGUUGGAUAUCUAAUGUUGUUGCUUGGUUGGCUCUUUGAAGACUUGGACGCCGUCAAUGACUUUCUUGGAGAAGGAAGCAACACCCAAAGCAUCAUUCAAGCAAUCAACCAUCCGUAUCCUUCAGGCGAAAUCGUUCAAGGGCUCUGCGCCAUGCUUCUCGGCGUGCUGUACGAGUUCUCGACUAAAGACUCUCCCAUUCCGCGCACAGACUUUCACUCCAUCUUGGUGUCCCGAAUGGGACGCGAACGGUAUAUCGACAAGCUGUCCAAGCUGAGAAGCAAUUCGUUAGUCAGAGACUUCGAAGUCAUCCCGCAGAAGCUGAGCAAUUCAGGGUCCGGCAAGCUGCCUGAUGUCUAUUUCGAUGCUACUUUUGUCGAGUUUUUCAAAGACAAUUACAGCCGUAUCUUGCGUGGCAUAGACCGAGAUCCUGGGUUGGAGAUAUCUGUUGUUUCUAAUGGCGUGCAGAAGGGUGUUUCGCGCGAACUUGUUGAUUCCCUUCGAAGCCAGUUGGCUGAGAAGGACCAGGCAUUGCAGGAAGCACAGCGGCAGCAUGAUGCAGAGCUUCGGACUCUGCAGGACAAAAUCACGGCCUUGCAAGAAGAACACCAAAAGCAGAUGGACCAGGCCCGGCGGCAGAUUGAAUCUCAAGUCGCAGCACUGGAAAAGGAACACAAAAGGCAAUUAGCGGAUGUUCAAAACCAGGCAGAAGCCCGUGUCUCUGCUCUAGAAAGGGAGCACAAGAAACAGAUGGCAGAGAUCCAAGUUAAGACGGACCGCCGGAUCGCAACUCUCGAUGAAGAGCGCAAGGCGAUUGAUCAAAGACACAAAGAGGAGAUAGAUCGGAUACAGAAGGAAGUUAAGGCUCAGGUGGCUGCUCAAAGUGAAGAGCAUCGCAAAGAAUUAGAACAUGCAAGGAAGACGGCGGAAAAUGAUGCCGAACGCGUUCGGCACCGAGCUGAGGCCGAUAUGGCUGACCUCAAGGCCACUAUCAGUCGGCUAGAGGUUGACCUUAUGAAGGCCAAGAAGACCAAAACGCAAGAGAUGCAGGCAUUCCGCGAUGAUUCCACUAGGAAACUACAAGAGCAAGAGGACCUCAUCAAAAAAGCCGAAAGCCGCGGAAAGCAGCUAGAGAGUGAGCUCAGGGAGACUCGGGAGAAGGCCAUCCAGAGAGAGGCGGCUGUUCGAAAGGCCGAGGAAGACAAGCAGGCAACACAAAACGAGCUUGACGACCUGCUCAUGGUGUUUGGCGAUUUGGAAGACAAAGUUGCCAAGUACAAGGCUCAACUCAAAGCACUCGGCGAGGCUGUCUCCGACGGAGAAGAAGAGCAAGAGGAUAGUGAUGAAGAUGAUGAAGAUGAAGAUGAUGAAGAGGAAGAUGACGAGGACGACGCCAAAAGCGAAGACGCGAACGGCACCAAGACAUAG